GACAGACCGAGAGAGAUAGAGGGAAUGGACUGUGGGGGCGGCUGUUAGGGUUAGCGAAAGUGAAGUGAAGUGGGUUGUGUUCUUCAUUUGACCGCCAAGGAGAAGCAUUUUGAACAGUGUGUCGUCUUCUUAACUUUGAGAGAUGUAUGAGUGCCUAAGAUUUCCGGCAAUACCACUUCAGGGCCCAAAUCCAAAGCUUUGGAGUUCGGCUCGAAUGGACUUUAAAUGUCGUGUUGUAUCAGCCUCCAAUGUCAUUCCAGCUGCACCCAUUUAUCUCCCUGAAGGACCUUGGACACAGAUUCCUGGGGGAGUUACUGCUGCACAAGGGUUCAAAGCUGCAGGCAUCUAUGGUGGACUACGUGCGAAAGGGGAGAAACCUGACCUUGCACUUGUCACCUGCGAUGUUGAUGCCACCUCUGCUGGGUCAUUUACUACAAAUGUGGUUGCAGCUGCACCUGUCUUAUUUUGCAAAAAUGCCCUGAACAUUUCGGAAACGGCACGUGCUAUAUUAAUAAAUGCUGGUCAAGCUAAUGCUGCAACGGGUGAUGCAGGUUAUCAAGAUGUCAUAGAAUGUGCCAAUGCCCUUGCUAAGUUACUCAAGAUGGGGCCAGACGAGGUGCUUAUUGAAUCUACAGGUGUGAUUGGCCAUAGGAUAAAGAAGGGUGCACUUCUAGAAUCUCUUCCUAAAUUGAUUAAUUCACUCUCAUCUUCGGUUCAGGGGGCUGAUUCUGCAGCUGUUGCAAUCACCACGACUGACCUUGUAACAAAGAGUGUGGCAGUAGAAUCUCAGGUUGGAGGAAAAACGAUAAUUAUUGGUGGAAUGGCAAAAGGUUCUGGAAUGAUCCACCCCAACAUGGCUACAAUGCUUGGUGUAAUUACAACUGAUGCUGUUGUUACCAGUGACGUUUGGAGAAAAAUGGUUCAGAUCGCUGUAAACCGAAGCUUCAAUCAAAUAACUGUAGAUGGAGAUACUAGUACCAAUGACACUGUAGUUGCCUUGGCCAGUGGAUUAUCUGGCUCACCUAGGAUUUCUUCCUUGCAAAGUGAUGAAGCAGUGCAACUUCAAGCUUGCCUUGAUGCGGUAAUGCAAGGUCUUGCGAAAUCAAUAGCAUGGGAUGGAGAAGGAGCAACGUGCCUAAUUGAGGUCACAGUUACUGGUGGUUGCAAUGAAGCUGAAGCAUCAAAGAUAGCCCGCUCCAUAGCAUCUUCUUCACUUAUAAAGGCAGCAAUAUAUGGAAGAGAUCCAAAUUGGGGUCGCAUUGCUUGUGCUGCUGGCUAUGCAGGAGUUCCCUUUGACCUAAAUAAACUUCGAGUGGUGUUGGGGGAUAUUUUGUUAAUGGAUGGUGGGGAGCCACAAUUGUUCGAUAGGUCUGCAGCUAGUGACUACCUCAAGAAGGUUGGUGAGACUCAUGGCACGGUUGAAAUUAAAGUGUCCGUUGGUGAUGGACCUGGAAGCGGCCAAGCAUGGGGUUGCGACUUAAGUUACGACUAUGUCAAAAUAAAUGCAGAGUACACAACCUAGGGUAGGAGUACUCAAUGUAUUGGAGUUUUAUCACAUUUUGUUAUCCCAUUUAGAGUUUACCGACCUCAGUUUUUUAAAACCCUUGACUGGCUUUCAGGUAGCAAUCCAUAAAAAUGGAAUUUUAGGCAAAUGUAAUAAUUUAUAGCUUUUUUUAAUCUAUGGGUUCGACUGUUCAUGGGACAAA